AUGGACCUGACACCUGCAUCUGAAAAGUCCAACCCAACCCCGGCUGGGGAGGCAAAGACCAAGAGAUUCUCUGGUCUCAGAGAGUGGUUGAACAACGGCCCUGUCACGCCAAAGACCCCCUCUCCGUCCUCUCCCCUUGCGAAGCGUGAGCCAGUCAAUGAGGUCGCCAUCGCAAUCACCGAGCAACCGAGCUCAUCACAGACUAAAACAUCCAGUAACGCCUCGGCUCAGAUGACGGAGGAUCCUACGCAUCCAAGUGCCACCGGUAUAUCGGAAAUCAGCCAGCAUGAUCACAGAGAAACCACCAGCAGCAAACCACGAAACUUAAUCCUCGAGAGCCUCAACCGAGUCCUCGAACCAGAAUCCAAGACCAGAGGAUUGAUGAUCAGCCCUGAGGCUAUUCCCACUGACUCUCCACAAAUUACGGAGGGGUUGACUGGCUUUGAAGUGCAGUCUCAGGGAAGCAGGGCCUCGUGGAACAUAAGUGAAGGUCUCUCGGAUGGCAACAGUCAGGAUGAGCCAGACCGGCAGGAGAUGCCCGAGGGCGCCCACGUAUCGCGAACAAUGGCGUGGCUGCUCCGAACAUCCGAACCACCUGCAGCCAUCCAUUCAUUGGCAUCUCGGAAGGCGGUCAAUCAUUAUAAGAAGGACAUUGAUACCGAAACGGGAGACUUCUUGCCUGAAAUCCACUACCCCGACACUUUCAAAAGCCUUCACGAAGGUCCCUCGCGUGAUCAUAGAGAUAUCGCUUGGCGACAGGCCAACAUGACGGUCGAGCUGCAAAUAACUAGAGAGAUUAGAAGCCGAGAGCUGCUCGCAACCAAGCUCCGUUCUCAGAUGAAACCUCAAGUGCAGGCCGUGCCUAUUGAGCAGGAGACUGGACCGAAUGCCGAAUGCAUUGUACGACCCGCUACGCCUGAAGACUUUGAAGCCAUCGCGGCUAUAAUCAACAUGGAAAGUCGGGCGACGAGCAGCCCUCAAAUCAUAGAAUGGAGGGAUGUCACCGCUGCUAAUGUCCAAAAGAUAUACGACGGUUGCCGAGAUAAUCUACAGCCCUUUAUUGUCGCCACGACGACCGAGGACCCUUUGCUUGACCGUUCCAACUGGCCUAAGAAUGCCACAAAAGCGUACCAAGGCUACCUCGCAUUCCGCUCAACUCAAGCAAAGGCUCCCCAAGAGGUUUUGGGCUUCGCCUUUGUGGUUGAAGCCCGAAUUGGCCUGCUCGGGGGUCCAUGCCCUGGAUCUAGACAUACCGGUCAAGUGAAGGUCGUCGUCCAUCCUUCCCACCGAGGCAAGCUCUAUGGAUCUGCCUUGCUCGACCGAAUUCUGCUUUGCACAGCACCUUUCCACCGAAGAGCGGUAGAUUACGAGUGGCAAUGCCAAGAUUCUUCCAAGGUGUAUGAAACGAUUGCAUGCCAGAACCGUCGAAAGUACGCCUGGAUCUAUGUGGAGACCUUCUGCGCCGGCAGAGACGAUCCGGCUCUCAAACUGGUGACGAGUUUCCUGCAAAAGUUUGAAUUUCACGAAGUGUGCCAUUUGCGCAGUGCCGUCAAGACCGAUCGCUACUACGAGAGCAAGUGGCUUGACAUCGUGUUGUGGGCACGCGAGACGCAGCCUCUAUCUAACAUCGAGGACCUUUUCCCCGGCGCCUACAACUUGUAA